AGAGGCGGGCCCAGGGCGAGGAAGCGCCGCCGCCGCCGCUGCUGCGUGCGAGCCACGCCACGGCUGGAGGGCAGGCAGCUCUCCCCCCGCAGGCAGUGCAGUUCCCCAGGAGCCGCUGGCGAUGGCCGGGGACAGCGAGCAGAGCCUCCCGGGCCAAGGACACUCUGGCGGCGGCUCGCCGUUCCUCAUCGGGGUCAGCGGGGGCACUGCCAGCGGCAAGUCUUCUGUCUGUGCCAAAAUUGUCGAACUGCUGGGGCAGAACGAAGUAGACCAUCGCCAGAAACAGGUUGUGAUUCUGAGCCAGGACAGCUUCUACCGGGUCCUCACUGCAGAGCAGAAAGCCAAAGCCCUCAAGGGCCAAUUCAACUUCGAUCACCCAGAUGCCUUUGACAACGAGUUGAUCGUCCAGACGCUCAGCAAGAUCAUGGAGGGGAAGACGGUCCAGAUACCUGUCUAUGACUUUGUCUCCCACUCCCGCAAGGAAGAGGCUGUGACAGUUUACCCUGCAGACGUGGUGCUUUUUGAAGGUAUCCUGGCCUUCUACAGCCAAGAGCUCCGGGACCUGUUCCAGAUGAAACUCUUCGUAGAUACAGAUGCAGACACCCGUCUCUCUCGCAGGGUUCUCCGAGACAUCAACGAACGGGGCAGGAACCUCGAGCAGAUCUUAACGCAGUAUAUUUCCUUUGUCAAGCCGGCCUUUGAAGAAUUCUGCUUGCCUACCAAGAAGUAUGCUGAUGUCAUUAUCCCCCGUGGGGUGGAUAAUCUUGUGGCCAUUAACCUGAUCGUACAGCACAUCCAAGACAUUCUGAAUGGAGGCCUGGGCAAACGCCAGCUCAACGGGCACGUGAACGGCUACACCCCUCCCCGCCAACGACAGCCCUCGGAGUCAAGCAGCCGACCGCACUGAUGUUGGGCCUGACGGGAGGCCGUGGGAGGCCCCUCCUCCUUAGGAACUGCAUCUUCUCGGCUCCAGCCGUGCGCUGAAGACUCCCUAGCAGGGUUUGAUGACUUCAAUCGGCAGGGGUCUUUUCUGAGGGCCAAAACGUACUUGCUUUUCGAUGGCUCUGCUGCAGGCGCCGUGAAGAAGGAUUCAGUCCCUUUGGAAAGAGCACAGAUGACUUCUUGGGCCUUUUUUGCAACAGCAACAUCAUUCUCUGUGGCAAAGCCGUGCUGUUGUCGAAGGCCUUGGGGGACAAAAGGCCAAGGAUGAGGGAGGGAGAUGACUGAACUUACCCCGGAUGUCUCAAGGCUGGGUCAUUAGCUUCAAAUGAACGUAGUGGCAAGGGAAGGGUGAGGUGGGUUGCGGGUUGGGUAGCGAUUAAUUCUCCCUCUAGACUGUGGUGUCUUGUGGGCAACAAUUCGGCUUCGUGAGCUACUGGCAUUAAAGUUGGGAGCUACUGUAUUAA